UCCUUUCUCGCUCAAUUUUUGCAUUAUUGAUGGCUUCCUAUUGGUGGAAAUGGAGGGGGCAAUAUGUCAAUGUUUCCUUCCAUACGGUCCUUUCCCUUAAAUAAACCCAGAUGUUUCAGUAUAAAAAGGGAUUGGAGCUCACAGCAGUCUGAGACUGAGGAUUUCCACUCAUGAGCCUGGAGGAGCGCUGUAACCGGAUCCUCCGGGACAUGGAGGGCUCCCUUACAGCCCGGGAUCGCGUGGGCAUCCAGGAUUUCGUUUUGCUGGACGCCUACACCAGUGAGAGUGCCUUCCUGGACAACUUGAGGAAACGCUUCCACGAGAACCUCAUUUACACCUACAUUGGUACGCUCCUAGUGUCAGUCAAUCCCUACAAAGAUCUGGGAAUCUACACCAAGAAGCAGAUGGACAUUUACAUGGGAGUGAACUUUUUUGAGCUUCCACCUCAUAUCUACGCCCUGGCAGACAAUGUCUACCGCACCAUGUUAACAGAGACCAACAACCACUUCAUCUUGAUCUCAGGGGAGAGUGGAGCUGGGAAGACGGAGGCCUCCAAGAAGAUCCUGCAGUUCUACGCUGUCAGCUGCCCCAGUACCGAACUGCUGGACAACGUCCGAGACCGACUGCUGCUCUCCAACCCUGUGCUCGAGGCUUUUGGAAAUGCCAAAACCCUGAAGAAUGACAACUCAAGCCGCUUUGGGAAGUACAUGGACAUUCAGUUUGAUCACGUGGGGGGAGCUGUUGGUGGCCACAUCCUCAGUUAUCUACUGGAGAAGUCCCGGGUGGUGCAUCAGAACCAUGGAGAGAGAAACUUCCACAUCUUCUACCAGCUAGUGGAGGGAGGAGAGGAGGACAUGCUACACUGGCUGGGUCUGGAGAGGAACUGUCAACACUACAGCUACCUGGUAAAGGUGGGAGAGGGGGAAUCUGCCAAAGUCCGCUCAAUCAACGACAAGAGUGACUGGAAGACGGUACGGAAAGCCCUCAGUGUCAUAGAGUUCAGUGAGAGCAAUAUAGAGAGCCUGUUUGCAAUCAUUGCUAGCGUACUUCACCUGGGAAAUGUUAAGUUUGUGGCUGACUUGCUGGGAUACGCCACUCUCAACAACAGUCCAGAGAUACAUUGGCUGUCCAAGUUGCUAGGCAUUCCUGCACAGGUGAUACUGGUUGGAUUGACCCACAGGAAGAUUGAGGCAAGGUUGGAGGAGGUGCUCAGUCCCUUCACCAUUGACCAUGCAGUAUAUGCCAGGGACGCUCUAGCCAAAGCCAUCUAUGGCCGCACAUUCACCUGGCUGGUCAACAAGCUCAAUGAGUCUUUAGCAAACAAGGAUUCCUCCAGGAAGACAGUGAUUGGUCUGCUGGACAUCUAUGGGUUUGAGGUGUUCAAUGUGAACAGCUUUGAGCAGUUCUGCAUCAACUACUGUAACGAGAAACUGCAGCAGCUCUUCAUCCAGCUGACCCUGAAGUCAGAGCAGGAGGAGUACGAGAUGGAGGGGAUUGAAUGGGAGCCAGUGCCAUACUUCAACAACAAGAUCAUCUGUGACCUGGUGGAGGAGAAAUUUAAAGGCAUCAUUUCAGUGCUAGAUGAAGAGUGUCUACGUCCUGGGGAGGCCACAGACAUGACCUUCCUGGAGAAACUGGAGGAGAAGAUGGGCGGUCACCACCAUUUUGUUACACACAAGCUGGCUGACCAGAAGACCCGGAAGACUCUGGAACGAGGAGACUUCCGCCUCUUACAUUACGCGGGGGAAGUCACAUACUGUGUGGUCGGAUUCCUGGACAAAAAUAAUGAUCUCCUGUACAGGAACAUUAAAGAGGUAAUGCGUCAGUCUAAGAAUGCCAUCAUCAAACACUGCUUUCCCACCACUGAGCCAGACAGCAAGAAGAGACCUGAAACAGUGGCCACUCAGUUUAAGAACAGCCUGGUCGGGCUGACGGAGAUGCUUAUGUCUAAGGAGCCCUGGUACGUCCGCUGUAUGAAGCCCAACGAAGGCAAGGAGCCAGGGCGCUUUGACGACGUGUUGGUGAGACACCAGGUGAAGUACCUGGGGCUGAUGGAGCACCUGAGGGUCAGACGGGCCGGCUUCGCUUACCGCCGGAGAUAUGAGAUCUUCCUGCAGAGGUACAAGCCCCUGUGUCCAGACACCUGGCCUAGCUGGAAAGGUACAGCCGCAGAGGGGGUGGAGUGCCUGAUCAAGCACCUGGGCUACAAGCCUGAUGAGUACAAGAUGGGCAGGACCAAGAUCUUCAUCCGUCACCCCAGAACUCUGUUCGCCACCGAAGAUGCCUUUGAGGUCUGCAAGCAUGAGCUGGCUACAAGGAUCCAGGCAAAGUACAAAGGCUACAGAGUGAAGGGAGACUACAUGAGACAGAGAGAAGCAGCUACUAAGAUUGAGACAUGCUGGAGAGGCAUGAAGGCCAGGAGAGAGAGGGAGAAGAGAGCCUGGGCUGUCAAGGUCAUUAAGAAGUUCAUCAAGGGCUUCAUGACCAGAAAUCAGCCAGCCUGUGUUGACAACACAGAGUACUUGGCGUUUGUCAGGCAAAACUACCUCACACGGCUCAAGGAAAAUCUACCCAAAACAGUUCUGGACAAGAACACCUGGCUAACCCCUCCUCCCAUUAUGCAGGAGGCAUCACAGAUGUUGAGGAAACUCUACACCCGGCACAUGGUACGGAAGUACGUACAAGGAAUCACAACAGAGCGGAAAGCACAGUUGCAAAUCAAAGGAUUGACCAGUUCCUUAUUCAAAGGAAGAAAAGAGAACUACCCUCACAGUGUGGGCAGACCAUUUGUAGACACCAGGAUAAGUGAGGAAGACAUCCACAUAAAAGCCUAUCAGAUGAUUCAGCAAGAACGCAUCAAGUACAGUGUUCCCGUGGUGAAGUACGACAGGAAUGGCUUCAGGGCUCGCUUCAGACAGCUGAUCUACACUGGAACUGCAGCCUACCUGGUGGAGGAGGCCAAGAUCAAACAGCGGGUGGUGUUCAACAAUCUCAAAGGUGUGUCAGUCAGCAACCUGAGUGACAACUUCCUGAUCCUCCAUGUCCAAUGUGAGGAUAUCAAGCAAAAGGGGGACCUGGUGCUGCAGUGUGACUACCUGUUUGAGGCCUUGACCAAGUUGUGUUUGGUGGCCAACAAGCAGCACUGUAUCAAUGUAGUUCAGGGCAGUGUAAAGUUUGACAUCCAGCCUGGCAGAGAGGGGUUUGUUGACUUCGAGAGUGGCCAGGAGACCAUGAUCUACAGAGCAAAGAAUGGCCAUCUGAUGGUGGAAUCAACUGAAACAAAGUCCCGUCCAAUGAUAAAAAAUUGAACUGGAUCCCCUUGCACUUAUCAAAGUAAUGGACUGAGCCAAUAAUCAGAUUCUACAAGGUUCGAGGCAUCUUGGGACUUAUAUCAUGAAUGAGAACCUGCAUCCUCUCUAGAAGGGUUGGACAUAUGACCGAACCUCAAGGGCAUUUCACAAUCCCUUCAUAUUAACUGAAAUCUCAACAAAUGGUUCAUACUGUGGAGAAAAUCCCAAAGGAACUACGGAUGUUCUACUCUGACGAAAACUUCACCUGUUAUUAAGCUACACAUCACAUGCAUGGGCUGUUGUGACUUAUCAAGCAGUUAUUAUAUUCAGGCCCAUUUGUAAAAUAUGGUUAGUUUUUGGGAUAUUUUCAGUAGAUUUGAUCAAUAUUAGCAAUAUGGUUAAACCAGUCAAUCAUUGAUUUUGAAGGCAUAGGCUAUAUGUGUCCUCAUUUUUAUACUUUCUCACAAAGAUGCUGUACCAUAUUUACAUGAAAACCAACUAUAAUGUAUUAUUAAAAAUCUUUAUUGUAAGAAAGAUGUGUUAAAUACAGUGCAAAAUACACUUUUACAUGUGAAAUUAUUGUGUAAAAUUGUGGACAUUCUUUGAGAUGUCUGGAAGUGCUUGGUUUCCAAACAAGUUGUCUUGUAACAUCGCCCUCAAAUAAUUAUUUUAAGAGGAAGCAAUGACAUCCAUUUGAUUACACAUCCGGCAUCUCAAAGGUUCUUUAGGAUGCCAAAAUAUCAUUCAUCCAUGACUACAGUAUAAAAGGUGGCUGUAUUCACACCACUUACAAUUCAGGGGUGGGUUGUAAUGUAUUGCUCCGGGGUAAAGUUCCCCUAG